AUGAGGAUGUGUGACAGAGGUAUCCAGAUGUUGAUCACCACCGUGGGAGCCUUCGCAGCUUUUAGUUUAAUGACCAUUGCAGUGGGCACGGACUACUGGUUAUAUUCCAGAGGUGUGUGCAGGACUAAAUCUACAAGUGAUAAUGAAACCAGCAGGAAGAAUGAAGAAGUAAUGACCCAUUCGGGGCUGUGGAGGACCUGCUGCCUAGAAGGGGCUUUCCGAGGAGUGUGCAAGAAAAUCGAUCACUUCCCUGAAGACGCAGACUAUGAACAAGACACAGCAGAGUACCUCCUGCGAGCUGUGAGGGCCUCCAGUGUCUUCCCCAUCCUCAGCGUCACGCUGCUCUUCUUUGGCGGGCUCUGCGUGGCGGCCAGCGAAUUCCACCGAAGCAGACACAAUGUCAUCCUCAGCGCGGGCAUCUUUUUCGUCUCUGCAGGGUUAAGCAACAUCAUCGGCAUCAUAGUUUAUAUAUCAGCCAAUGCCGGAGACCCCGGGCAGCGUGACUCCAAAAAAAGCUACUCCUAUGGCUGGUCCUUUUAUUUCGGGGCCUUCUCUUUCAUCAUCGCAGAAAUCGUGGGAGUUGUCGCUGUGCACAUCUAUAUAGAAAAACAUCAGCAGUUACGUGCCAAAUCCCACUCGGAGCUCCUGAAGAAAUCCACCUUUGCGCGCCUUCCGCCCUACAGGUAUCGAUUCCGGAGGCGCUCAAGUUCGCGCUCCACGGAGCCCAGAUCCCGAGACCUGUCCCCCAUCAGCAAAGGCUUCCACACCAUCCCUUCCACUGACAUCUCCAUGUUCACCCUCUCCCGGGACCCCUCAAAGAUCACCAUGGGGACCCUCCUCAACUCCGACCGGGACCACGCUUUUCUACAGUUCCACAAUUCCACGCCCAAAGAGUUCAAGGAGUCGCUGCAUAAUAAUCCGGCCAACAGGCGCACUACGCCCGUCUGA